CACACACACACACACACACAAAACCAGCGAUGGACGCGGCUCUUUCCGUAAUAUUCGGCCUCCACUCAGUGACAUCAGUGUCGCUGACUCUGCUCAACAAGCAGCUCACGGCUGAGAUCCCAUUCCCAUGGACGAUAGUCUUACUGCAAUGCCUUGCGAGCGUGCCGGUUACCUUGCUGGCCAAUGUUCAGUUCAGGCAGAUAAAGGCUAUCAAAUUAUCUCACUUCCCCGGAGCUAUGCUCAUUUCAACUUUGUUUGUCCUGUGUUUGACUAGUAGCUUAGUGGGGCUCAGCCGAGUCCAUAUCCCGAUGGUAGUGGUUGGCAAGAACCUAGGUCCGUUCUGCACCGCCUUGCUGGAGGCCCUGAUCUUGAAGGCGCCUCUCAACCCUCGAACGUUGGGCUCGCUGUUGCUCGGAGUGGUGGGCAGCACUUUCUAUGCUAUGGGGGAUGCAAAUUCAGAUGCUAGAGGUGUGGGCCUUGUGGGUCUCAACGCCCUUUUGGUGGCGCUGACCUCGGUCUCUGAGAAGCACGUGGUGCGGACGCUGGAUCAAGCGGCACUGGGCUUCAGCCUCUACCGAAAUAUCUUGGCAAUUCCCCUGCUGUUGGCCACAAUUUGCGCUGGCAUGGAGGACAUCAGUGAUGCAGCACUUGCAUUCCAAACUGCGAGCAGUUCUUGCUGGGUCGUUUUUGCAGCCUCAACGAUUUUUAGCUCUGCAGCUGGAUUGUUGGUCUUCACCCUCCAGGGCCGCGUCAGCGCGACGACUACUCAAAUUGCAAGCCUAUGCUACAAGCUGGCCACAACAGUGUUAUCCUUGGUGGUCUUCCCAAAGGCCCGAAAAGACUUGGGCUGGAUGGCCGUCGUAGGUUAUGGGCUGUCCACGGUGAGUGUGGCCUUAUAUGCGUUUCUUCCAUCUCCAAACUCCACGAAGCGGGUGGCUGACAAAGAUCCAGAUUCCAAGACAUGAUGCUUCCAAAGACGAGGCUGAAGAGCGCAACGUGUGCAGGACA